CGUGUGAAGGUAUAUAAGCUGGAGGGGUCGGCCUUUGGAGUUACUGCAGUUGCUCGAUUCAUCUUUCUGAAUCCACCCAAAAGCCUCAGACAACCAAGCCAAAAUGGCAUUCGCCGGUGUUCUGAAGGAUGCUGAUAUCACUGCAGCCCUGCAGGCAUGCCAAGCUGCCGACUCUUUUGACUACAAGAGCUUCUUUGCUAAGGUCGGUUUGACGAGCAAGUCCCCCGAUGACAUCAAGAAGGCUUUUGCCAUCAUUGACCAGGACAAGAGUGGCUUCAUUGAGGAGGAUGAGCUGAAACUGUUCCUGCAGAACUUCUCGGCCAGUGCUAGAGUCCUUACUGAUAAAGAGACCAAGGCCUUCAUGAAAGCUGGGGACACCGAUGGUGAUGGCAAGAUUGGAGCUGAUGAGUUUACUGCCUUGGUUAAGCCAUAAAUAACAACUGAC